AUGAAUAUGGGUUCCACUUCCCUGGCAAAAGGGCAGAAGGAGAUGGAGCGCCUCUUUAGCCACUUCGAUACUAAUGGUGAUGGUAAAAUUUCUUUGUCAGAGCUUCAGCUUCUUAUGAAAACCAUUGGAGAAGAGCUCUGCUUUGAGGAGGCCAAGGCUUUCUUGCAAUAUGCUGGCUCAGAUGAUGAUGAUCUGCUUAACUUCAAUGAUUUUGUGAGAUUGGCAGAAAUAGAAAUUAGUGAGAAAGAGAAGAGUCAUAAUGAGGAAUACAUGGUAAAGGAAGCCUUCAAGUUAUAUGAAAUGGAAGGCAGGGGCUUUAUAACUGAUAUGAGCUUAAAGAGAAUGCUAAGCAGCUUAGGCUCGUCAAGGCCGAUAGAGCAAUGUCGUUCUAUGAUCUCUAGUUUUGACUUGAACGGUGACGGAGUGCUUUGUUUUGAAGAGUUUAAGGCCAUGAUGAUGCUCUAA